AUGGAUUACGGUAUAUUAUUGAAAUUGCCUUUGGAUUGGCAAGUGAAGAUCCGUGACGAGAUGGUAUCGAAGUUAAGCUUGUGUAUUGAGAAGGACCAUGCAAGGACAGUAGCGGAGGAAACUUGGGAGUAUUUAUCACAGGAAAAAUUUAAUAAAAAGCAGCUGACAAAUAAACUUGAAAAUUAUUUAAAUAAACAUGCCUCAGAUUUUACAGAAUGGCUCCAAGAUUUUGUACAAAAAACUGUUGAAUACUAUAAUGAAACACAUUUGCCAUCGAACGCAAAAAAAGAAAAUUUAAAUGAGUGUAACGAACACACUCAAAAUAAUAAAGAUAAUGAAAAAAAAGAGAAAGUAGAAAAGUUGAAAGAGUCGAGAUCGAGAAUUAUGAAAAAUGCCCUAAAGGACAUACACAACGUCACAAGUGACUCAGGUGAAGGUUCCAAGGCAAAUAAUGACGGUGCAGUGGUAAACGAGACAGAAUGCAAGUCGGAUGCAGUGGACGGCAAGAAAAAGCUUUUAGAUCCAGCUGAAAAGAAGACGAAGCUCUUGGAUGCGUUGGAUCAGCCGUUGGAUAAACUGAUCCUGAAGGAAAAAAUCGCAAAAUUACAAGGACAAAGUGUGCCGUUGGGAGUAAAGACGAAGAGCGAGAAGUUUAAACCUAGUGAGAAGUUUAACGCAAAUGAAAAUUUUAACGCUAAAAGAAAAAAAAGCGUAUUCUAUAAAAAUCUGACACUGGUAAACGAUUCCUCAGGGAGUUCUGAAUCAGUGGAAACAGCAGUUAACGGAGAAGAGGAAGGUGUGAAAGUGGUGAAGGUGCCCAAGAGGUGCAUUAAUUACCCCAAAUGCGAGUUUGGAGAAAAGUGCAGAUAUAUUCACCCGAACAAUGUGAUGUGCAAAAACUGGCCCAACUGUUUCUUCGGAAAUAAUUGCGCCUUUUUACAUCCCAGUCAGUAA